CAAUAGUUCUCGUGGUUUCAUUCUCUCUCUCUCUCUCUCUCUCUCUCUCUCGCCUUUUUAUUUGUGUUCUUGCUCUUAGAAAAAUAUGGCUCAGCAGAAGGUGGUUCUCAAGGUCAUGACUAUGACUGAUGACAAAACAAAGCAGAAAGCCAUUGAAGCUGCCGCUGAUAUAUUUGGGAUUGAUUCAAUAGCAGCAGAUCUAAAGGACCAAAAGCUAACAGUGGUAGGGAUGAUGGAUCCAGUGGCACUGGUGAAGAAGUCCAAGGAAGAGAAAAAAGAAGAAAAGAAAGAGGAGAAAAAAGAGGAAAAGAAAGAAGAGAAAAAGGAGGAGAAGAAGGAGGAGAAAAAAUGAAAAAGCCAAGUUUUUUUUUUUAAUUUCUCAUGGUAAAUUUUCUCCUACUUACAAGAAGGAAAGCAGUAAGUUUUCUAUGAUGUAUGGGCAAUGUAUGAGUUUAUUUAAAUGUAUUGGCGAAGUAAUUAAGAAGAAAAGAAAAAAGUGCAAAUGGAUGUAAUUUGUAAGUGUUGAGAGAUUGAGAAGCAAAUUGGCUUUGGUGGUGGUGAGGAGAGGAGAUGAUAAGAUCGGCAAUUUUGUCAUCUUUGAAAUGAAGAAAAAAGUGCACAGAGUAAAUAAUAUAUUGUUGUUGGAUGGCAAUGGCAUCAUAUUUUGUGGCGCCUACUAAAGCCAAGAUUAGACAUGCCUCAUGCAAUGCACUCACUUGAAAAAGGAAUUACAUAAAUAAAAAAAUAAUCGUUCCAUUCAGAAUUUCAGAGAGUGACUGGCAUGAAUCUGAUUGAUUGUUUUUCUUUUUUUGCAAUAUAAUUUUUAAUUGUUGAAA